AAGGAUUGUCGUUCACUAAAACUGUAAAUACUAAUAUAUUAUACAUUUAUUAACAUAGAUUUUCUAUAAAAGUUAGUCUAACACUAGAUGUCGUGAAAUAACCUUGUUCGGCACAAUCUCAAUGGCUAAUUUCUCAAACAGUUCUGACAACUUCUUCACGUGUAGUGUAAACUGGGGAAUUCUGGAGAUAUCAGCAGCUUGUGUUUAUCUUCUCACUGCUAUUAUAGCACUAACGGGUAAUGCGGUGUCAGCAUGGGUCCUAGCUGCAGGAAGAAAAUGUAAAACGGAAUUGAAUAAGUAUUUGCUGAACUUAGCUGCAGCAGAUAUCAGUUUAUCAGUAUUUUGCAUUCCAUUCACAUAUACGUCAAUUAUAUUUAAAUGCUGGAUCUUUGGUGACUUUUCUUGUCCCUCCAUACUCUUUCUACAAUGUCUAGGAAUUGCUGUUAGUGUUUUCACAAACGUCGCUAUCGGAAUAGAUAGUAAAAGCGUCUUGUUGUUGUAGUAGCUGAUUGACGUUUAUACCAGUUUGAUUUGCAAACACCAUUAAUCGUCGUAUACCUAUCUAUAUUACGCUCUGCUGUUCAAUUAUGAAUUAAUUUGGUUAACGCUUUGAAACAUAGUAAUAGUAACAUAUUGGAUCAUGAAAUCAAUUAAAAUGUCUACAAAAAAGCCGCUGUGCUCUUUCUCUUCUAAUUAACGAAAUUAUUGCAUUACAAUUAGAAUUGUAAAGGGAAGUAAAGGGUUAACUUAUAUUACUAUAAAUUUUUAAUUGUAUAAAAACUUAUUCAAUUAAAACUACAACAAUUAAUCAGUUAAUUUCUCUUCAGGUUAAUUGCUGUUAUAACACCUAUGAAAACGAGAUUAACUACAACCCGUUCAAAUUUUAUAUUAAUUCUUAUUUGGUUUGCUUCAAUUCUAUUAGCUCUACCGCAGUUGGUUGUUGCAAGAGCAAUGAGAAUCUACCCAAACAAUUCAGAUUCAAUUUGUUAUGAAUUUUGGCCUAAUCACUAUUAUAGAAAUGCUUACACAAUAACUAUAUCACUAACAACUUAUGUUGUACCUCUGACUGCUUUAUCUAUAGCCUACUCUGUAAUAUCAUUUACCCUUUAUCGUAGACGAUUACCAGGAGUUGCUGUAAGGUCUCGGGAUGAACUUCAAUUAACUUCUCGAAAAAAAGUAAUCAAGAUGCUAGUCGCUGUAGUUAUAGCUUUUGCAGUUUGUUGGGCUCCUUUAAAUGUAUUCAACGUUUUAAAUCAUCUUUGGCCUAAUGCCAUAUCUCCUGAGGGAGAAUAUUUUAUAUCUUAUUUUUCAAUUGCUCAUUUUAUAGCAAUGUUUCAUUCUGCAAUUAAUCCAUUUAUUUAUUCUUUCCUGUCUGAGCCAUUCAGAAAAGACCUAAAAAAUUUGAUAACUGGCCAUUGCUACAAAAAGACUUUAAGAAACUCCAAUAAGAAGUUUGUCUACAGGGCAUGUAGCCGUCAAACAGAACAAGAGGCACACGAACUAGAAAAUUAUGAAGAAGAUAUGUGAUGAUUUUCAAUGUUUAUCUAAAGUGUUAUUUACAUAUCCUCGUGCAAAAUGUACGUAUCUCCCCCUGAUUGUAUAGAGAGACUACAAGAACACUGCAAUUUUUAAAAACAAUGAUUAUUUUACAGUAACCUUAUUCGUAAAA